AUGGCUUCAGACCCCGAGAGACGCCGCGGAGCGCGACUUGGGCCGCUGCUGCUGGCCCUGCUCGCUGCCUUCACUCUUGCGGAAGGACUGGGAUUCAGCCUCCCAGUGCGGCGACGCCAGGCACUCGGGGCGGCGCUCUCCUCGGCGUUGGGGGCCGCCCUCUCAGGAGAUGCGGCCCGGGCAGCGACGGCCUCUGUGGGAGCCUCUCCCGUCUUCGUGGACUCUGCGAUCUUCGAACGUUUGGAGCACUUCAAGGACAUCGGCGUCCCAGCCACGCUGCAAGACCCCAUUGCGCGGGCGGCGAUUGCAGAUGGCACCUGCCGCUUAGUGGUGGCACCCGGAUCUGGUCCCUUUCCCCUGGACGGCUACGAUUUCUGGCACCACAACCCGGAAAGAGUCAAUUCCGUUCUAAAGGCCUUGGCUGAGUUGCCGUCCAGCUCCCAGCCCUCGAAGUUCGUGAGGGCGGCAAAGAAGCAGCUCCCGAAUGCGUGCUUCUUCGGUCUCCGAGCAGAGACCAGCAAACUGGAGCUGUACGAGCCGUCUGCCUUGGCCAAGACGCUUUCCAACUGGCACCGGGUGCUUUGCGACCCGAAUUGCGACGACCCUGCAGAGGAGCCUCAGCAGCAAGCGCUCACCACCGGCUUCAUCUGCAUGGCGGUUUGCGACACAGCGAAGAUGAAGCUGACUGCUGCCGCUAUGAGCAGCUUCUCACAAAGCGUGGCAGCGGCUCAAUCAACAGCGACAAGCAUGUGUGCUGCCAUGCCGUGGACCAUCACAAGAGGGCCACUGACGCCACUGGAUGGCCUGAAGUCCUACGACGCGAUUGCUGCAGCGACUACGCCAUGGCGAAAGGUAUGUGGCUGCACAGCAUGA